ACAUGAUGCGAAGGCUUUCCAGACAAUUAAUGCACCAUUACCCUUAGAUCGGGUAAAAGACGCGGCCGUAUUCGAGGUUAUAGGUGUAGAUUUCACCGGGCCCGUGUAUCUUAAAGGCGGCCAAAAAUCAUGGAUUUGUUUGUUCACGUGUGCGGUUUUCCGUGCAGUACAUCUUGAGCUCGUGACAUCGUUGUCCACUGCGGCGUUUCUUAUGGCUAUUCGGCGUUUCAUUGCGCGUAGGGGAAGGCCGAGUGUGAUAUACAGUGACAAUGGCACGAAUUUUGUUGGAUUGAAUAAUAUGUUUAAACAACUGGAUUUUGAAAAGUUGUCCCGAACGUUAGCCACCGAACGAAUUCAAUGGACAUUCAAUCCUCCAUCUGCAGCGUGGUGGGGCGGAUUUUGGGACCGGUUAAAUGGGGUCUUGAAACGAUUAUUGAGACGAACGCUUAAAAGAUCUUGUCUUGAUUACGAAGAAAUGUUAACAGUCUUAUUAGAUUGCGAAGCGGUGAUUAACUCCAGACCAAUUACUUUCCUCUCCGAAAGCAAACAGGAUAUUCUGCCUAUAACUCCGUCUAUGUUCUUGCAAGAGAUAAAGGAAAUAGGAGUACUAGAUUUAGAUAAGAUAGAGAAAUGCGAUUUAUCCAAAAGAUACUUGUAUCGUCAGAAAAUCAAGGAAGAUUUACGACAAAGAUUUCGAACCGAAUAUUUAGGUGCAUUGAUUCACCGAAAGUCUAAUGCAAAAACUGUGCAAGCUAUCGAAGUAGGCGAUAUAGUUUUAAUCGAGAAUGAAAAUGUAAAACGUUUGGAUUGGCCUCUGGCGCGCGUCAAGGAAUUAAUCGCAGGUAAAGAUAAUAAUAUUAGAGUCGUUCGAUUGACUACUGCCAGAGGCGAAUUGAUUCGUCCAAUACAAAGACUUUAUCCUUUGGAACUUAGAUAUGAGAAGAGUGAGUCCAAGGUGGACGAAAUUAUUGCGGACAAAUGCAAGGAUACCAGGAGAUUCAAGGAAUCCAGAAGUAGUGCUCCAGAUAUUAGCGGAGCGUAUGAUAAACGCAGUUGCGAUAAUAAAUCAUACAGUUGUGCAAUGAAAAAUUGUCCAAAUAUUUCUGGUCGAUUGCCUGGGCUCAGUUUUUUUCCUUUCCGCGAGAUCCAGAAAGUAUAUAUAUAUUUGGAUUUUUUCAGAUCUAGUUUAUGGUUAAGAAAUUGUGGGCGUACUAUUGAAACUUCAAUAGAAAAUUUACAUAAAAAUUAUCGUGUUUGUGAAAAUCAUUUCGAAUUAUCUAUGUUUUUAAAUGAUUUAAAAAACCGGUUGCAGCCACAUGCAUUUCCAAUACCAUUAGAUAAUCAUUUAAUACAGAAUUCAUUGUUAAUUUCCGACAAUCAGAUAUUUUCAA